CGUCUCUCCCUCCCUCGAGAGCCAAAACUCCGAACCCAAACCGUGACCGUGUGUCCUGGGACAACUUUAUCUUCAGCAGUUGCUCUCUUUUCUCUCUCCCCCCUCACCCCAACUCUCUCUCUCUCUCAUCUUUCUCUCUCGCUCGCUCUCCCACUUUUCGAAUAAAUCUUUCUCACGUUUUCGCAACAACAACAACAACAAAAGAACGAGACGCAGAGGAUAAAAGGUGGUGGCCUCGUCAAUUUCACGGCUGCGAUAGCGACGGCGGCUGUGGGAGGGGGGGGGGGGUCGGCGCUCUGAGAAGUUGGCGCAGCUGCAGGUUGAAAAAAGGAAACCCCACGAGUGACGGCACCUCCCGAUCAACACGGUGUCCGGCUACCUACGGUGCGAAAGAAACUCCUACAUACACACACACAUACCGCACACGUACAACUCAAAAUGCAGUCGCCUCCGCCGGCGAGGGGAGACACCGCAGCCCCCACGCGCCCCUCGGUGGGCCCCGCUCCCUGGGGGCUCUUCAUGAGGAAGAGCAACUCGGCCACCGGAGUCAGGGCCCCCAAACAGCGACCCCUCACCUACUCCUUCGAGGGCCCCGGGCCAUCUCUCGCGGCGACGGCGGGCUCGGCCGAUGCCGCGGGCUCGUCGGUGAGCGGCGAGGGGGACACUUCGAAGGCGGCGGCGGCAGAAGAGGAGGAGGAGGAGGACGCGAUCCGGGGCAGUGUGAGACAGCGCGCGUCCAUCUUCGGUCACGUCGUGGGCAAGCGGCUGUCCUGCGUCUACGAUCGGAGCAGAGCGGACAGUUCGGAGGGCUCGUGGCAAAGUCGCACUUUCUCGCCGCCGCCGCCGCCGCUAGCGCCGCUCUCGGGCCACGAGCCCGCCCCACAGAAGGAGAGCUCGGGGGCGGUGAGGCCCUGGGAGAAGUUCAGAGUCGGAGGUUGUUCGAGUGGUGGCGGUGGUGGCGUCGGGACAUUCAGAGCGACGAUGGUGACGGCUGGAGGUGACGCGCGCGACGUGGCCGUGCCCGCAUGGCGCCAUGAUGGAGGGAGCCACGCGUCCAGAAUCCCAUUUCCAUCACCGUCAUCAUCAUCAUCGGCAUCAUCAUCAGCAGCAGCAGCAACUGCACCAUCGUCAAUAUCAACAGCAGCAUCGGCACCACCAUCGUCAUCAUCAUCAGCAGCAGCAACAACAACAGCAUCGGCAACAACUCCCGUCGUGGCCGUGGGAAGAUACCUGGAUCUGGACGGAUGGAACAGACCGCAUGGAGACCCAGCCCAGCCAAGUGGUCUGGAUGACCAGGCCCUUUCGGUUAAGGACGAGGAGAGCAGCCCGCUGGCGCUGAAGCAGCCGGCCACCGCCGUCACCGCCGCCACGACCAUUCCCAAUGGAGCCGGAUUCAUAAAGAAGGCCGUCAGGAGCAAAGAGGAGCAGAUGAAGUUGGAACAGCCGUCAUCGCCGGUCUCUCAGCCGCCAUCGCCGGGGUGGAGGCCGCCAUCGCGGGUGCUGUCCCCUCCGCUGCAGCCGCCCUUCGUCAUGAACGGUGGCUCCAACCGCGUGCGCAAGAUCUCUCAGGGCAGCUCGGACGGCCCACCGGGGAUUUAUGCCAACGGGCAGCCCGGCUCCCACAUCGGCUCCCCGCCGCCGGGCCUCACGUCACCCACAGACAGCGCCGCCACCACCGCUGACGACCCGGGAUUGCGCGGCGUGGUGAAGAAGAAAGUGAUCAAGGUGGUCCGGCGCGUCGUGCGGAAGCCGCGGUCUCCCGACGCCGAGAUGCAGGACGGCGGAAAGCCCGACGCUCCGAGCGGCGCGCCGGCGAUCGGCAACGAUGCCGGAUUGACGGCGCUACCGCCGCCGCCGCCACCGCCCAGCUGCAACACCGCCGGUGGGAGAUCACCCGCAGCGUCGAUGACGGUGGAGGUCACCAAAUUGGCAGAGCGACCGCCCAGGUCGGACGGGGUCGUGGCGAAGCACGGCCCGGUGGCACCGGCGGCACCGGCGACAUCGGCGGCGCCUGCGGCCGUGGUGAACGGGAAGCCGGACGCCAUCUCCGAGGGCCUGGCCAGCCUCAUGUCGCGCGCCAAGACCAAGGAGCCGCGUCUGAGGGUGCGGCGAGUGGUGGAGCGGAGGGGGGAGGAGGCGGCGACGGCCGUGGCACCGUCGCCGUCGCCGCAGCCGCCCGGCGAGGAGGGCAAGGCGGAGGUGGCCCCGUCACGCCCGGGUGGGCCGGUGCCCGCCAUCGACGAGACGGCACAGGGGGACCGGCGCGACGCGUCCGACACCCGAGAUGCGGUGAUUUGCAGCGUCCCCUCCGCGUUGGUCGCCUCGGAGCCCGUUAGGCAAGAGAUGACUUUUCCCCUUCCCACGCAAGAGAAUAAACCUGCGUCUGAAGCGCCCAAGGUGGAGCUCGAGCCGGUGCUCGCCAUUACCGAGCAACCAACGCCCUCCCAUGAGCCCUUGCAGCAGCAGCAGCAGCCGCCACUGCCACCGCCGUCGCCGCAGCCAGAGAAGAUGGAGGCCAAGGCUUCGCCUGAACUGCCCAGAACAGAGGAGGAGCAGCAGCAGCAGGGCUUCUAUGCCUGGUUCGAGGGCGAGAAGGUUUGGCUGGUGCGGAAGGACGGCUUUGUGGCCGCGACGGAGCUGAAACCCGAUGUUGGGACUCCGGAAAUGCCGGCGCGGAGACUCAAGCUCAAGAUGGAGGAGCGGGGGACCAUCGUGGAUGUGGAUGAGGAGGAGGUGGAGAAGGCCAACCCGGCGGAGUUGGAGCAGGCGGAGCAGCUGGCGUCGCUGCUCUUCCUCAAUGAGUCGUCGCUGCUGCACACGCUGCGCUCGCGGCUCGCGCAUGCCAAGCCCUACACGUACGCCGGCACGCACCUGCUGGCGCUCGCCCCAGCCCGCGGGGCGCCGCUGCACACCGACGAGGCGAUGCGGGCCGUGCGGUGCUGCCACGGCGAGGCGCCGCCGCCGCCCCACAUCUACUCGGCGGCGCGUGCCGCCUUCCGCCGCAUGCUCGGCAGCCGCCAGGACCAGACGCUGCUCUUCCUGGGCGCCGCCGGCGCCGGCAAAACCACGGCGGCGCGGCACGCGGCCGAGUACCUGGCCACGUUCGCGGCGCACGGCGGGCCCGGCGCGGGCCCGCCGGGAUCGCUCGCUGGCGCCCGCCCCAGCGGCGGCAGGAACGUCGUCGAGCCCUGCAAGAACAUCGGCGGGAGGCUGCGGGCCGCGUUCACGGUGCUCGAGUCGUUCGGUCACACCUCCACCGCCACCGCGGCGAUGACGGGCGGCGGUGACGGCGGCGGCGGCGGCGGAUCGUCGCGCUUCGCCCAGCUCCUCUCGCUCGACUUCAACCAAUCAGGCCGUCUCGCCGCCGCCUCCGUGCAGACCAUGCUGCUGGACAGGCUGUGCGUGGUGCACAGGGCCGAGGGAGAGCGUCCGUUCAAGGUGUUCCAGCAGCUCAUGGCAGGAGCCGAUGCCGCCCUGAGAACGGAGCUCUACAUGGGCACCUUUGCGGAGAUGAACGCGUUCGGAAUCACGCCGCUAACAAAGCCCGAGGAGCGGCAGGCAGCGGCCUCGGAGUUCUCCGGGCUGCUCUCCGCCAUGAAGACCCUGGGGUUCGACGAGAAGGAGCAGCGGGGGCUCUGGCUGGUGCUCGCCGCGAUUUACCACCUGGGCGCCGCCGGCGCCACCAAAGUGGGGCGCAAGCAGUUUGCCCGCCACGAGUCGGCCCAGAAGGUGGCCUACUUGCUGGGCUGCACGCUGGACGAGCUGUCCACCGCCACCUUCAAGCACCACCUGCGGAACAUCGGGCUGGGGCCGUGCGGCGGCGGCGGGGGGCGACAUUCGUCCGUGGGGGCCCACGGCUGCCUGGAUGAGACCUCGCUCGAUAGCACUCCAGGGCCAAAGCUGACGGCUCUGGAGUGCCUGCAGGGCAUGGCCAUGGGGCUGUACGGAGAAGUGUUCAACCUCGUCGUGUCGCUCAUCAACAGGUCGAUGAGCUCGUCCCAGCACACGCUAAGCUCCGUGCUGCUGGUGGACGCCCCGGGGUUCCGGACGAGCGGCGCGGCCGGGCAGGGCCGCCCCGCGGGCUCCCUCUCCGACCUCGUGCACAACUACGCGCAGGAGCGCCUGCAGCUGCUGUUCCACGAGCGAGCGCUCGCCGCUCCGCUCGAGCGGCUCCGCGAGGAGAACAUCGCGGUGGCCGUCGAGGAGGAGCCGCCGAGCUGCGCGCCGUCCGUCAGCGCCGUGGACGCCGCUUCCCAGGCCGCGCAGAUCCUGGGCAGCGGGCGGAGCUCAGUGGGGGCCUCGGGGGGCGAUCGGCGCGGCCUGCUGUGGCUGCUGGACGAGGCGGCCGCCACGCCGGGCGCCACGGAUGACGACCUCGUCGAGAAAUUCGUCGCCGCGUUCGGGCCCCGCGACGACGGGCACACGGCCGACGACGCGGCGGCAGCGGUGCACAAGGAGGACCAGCCGUGCUGCUUCAGCGUGUGGCACGCGCUCGGUGCGCUGCCCGUGCGGUACGACGCUGGCGGGUGGGUCGCCCACGCCAAGCACAACCCCUCGGUCCACAACGCCGCCACGCUGCUGCAGGACUCGCAGAAGGCGGCGCUCAGCGAGCCGUUCGCUCCCAGCGCCGGCGCCCUCCGGGUCCUGGGCGGCGCCAUCGCGGGCCUGGACGGGCCCUCGCAGUCGGCGUCUCGCCGGGCCGCCUCCGUGCGCCGCUGCCUCAGCACCGGCGGCACCGGCGGCAGGCGCCGGUCUCUGGCAGCGCACGUCAAGCUGCAGGUGGAUGCGCUGCUGGACAUGGUGCGGAAGACCUACGUCCACUUCGUGUUUUGCCUGCGGCCGAGCGCGGCCCUCGGCGUCUCCGGCGCCGCCGCUGUCGACAUCCCGUUCCUCCGGGCGCAGGCGCGGGCCUGCCAGCUGGUGGACGCGCUACGCCUCCACAGGCAGGGUUAUCCCGACCAGAUGUCGUUCAGCGAGUUUCGCCGAGGCUUCGAGGUCCUCGCUCCGCAGCUGUGCAAGAAGCACGGGCGGCAGUACAUCGCCACCGACGACCGACGGGCUGCCGAGGAACUCCUGGAGGCUCUGGAUCUGGAACGGAGCACGUACGCCGUGGGCGUCAGCCAGGUUGUGUUCAAAGCCGGAGUGCUGGCGAGUCUGGAAUACCUGCGGGACUCUCAGAUCUGCGAGACGAUCGUCAACUUCCAGGCGCUGUGUCGCGGCAAGAUCGUGCGGCAGUGGAUACAGAAGAGAAAGGUCCAGGAUCUGGCUGUGCGGUGCCUGCAGAGGAAUUUCCGUGCGAUGGAGAGCGUGCGGCAGUGGCACUGGUGGCGCGCGUUCACUCUCGUGCGGCCCCUCGUGCCGCCCGCAGCCUCGGAGGAGCCCGCCAAGUACAAGGAGGAGGAGAUGGCUCAGCUCCGCGGCCGCCUGGAGAAGUCGGAGAAGGAUCGCCACGAGCUGCGGCAGGGCAGCGACCGGCUGGAGAGCAAGGUCACGGAGCUGCAGACGGAGCUGACGGACGAGCGCCGGCUCUCCGAGACGACGGCGCAGCUGCUGGAUGUGGAGGUGUCGGAGCGUCUCCGCGUGGAGAAGGAGUUACGCGAAGUGCAGGUGAGGUUUGAGGAGCUGAAGAAGAGGACGGCCGCCGUGGAGAUGGAGGUGUCGGAGGCGCGGAUGCUGCGCGCCACCGAGGCCAGCUCGGGCAUGGACGGGGCCGACGGGGGAGAGUGGAAGUCACGGUACGAGCGAGCGAUGCGGGAGAACGGGUACGCGCGGAAGAAGCUGCAGCAGGAGAUGGAGGACAAAGUGGAGGUGGAGCAGCAGCAGAAGAAACAGCUGGACCUCAAGGUGACGGAGCUGCAAUCGAGCGGCGAGGAGGCCCAGCGCAGCCUGCAGAACCUGCAGCGCCGGUGCCAGCGCCUCGGGGCCGAGCUGCAGGACUGCCGCCUCCACAUGGAGACGCACCAGGCGCGCAACCACGAGCUCGACAAGAAGCAGAAGAAGUUUGACGGCGAGCUGGCGCAGGCGCUCGAGGAGGCGAGCCGCGAGCGGAGCCAGAGGGAGCGUCUGACUCACGAGCGCGACGUCAUCUCCCUGGAGAUCAGCAGCCUCAACCAGCAGCUGGAGGACAAGGUGUUUGACAUCACGAUGCUCAACGAGAAGGUGGCGCAGCUGGAGAACGAGCUGCUGGACGUGACCACCCAGGGCUCGCACGACGAGGGCUCCCUGGCGAGCCUGCGCAAGCAGAUCCGCGACCUCGAGGCAAAGGUCAAUGAUCAGGAGGAGGAGCUGGACGACCAAGCGGGCAAGAUCCAGCUCCUCGAGCAGAACAAGCUGCGGAACGAGAUGGAGAUGCAGAGGAUGAAGCAGAUUCACCAGAAAGAGGUGGAGAACAAAGAAGAUGAGGUGGAGGACGUACGACAGACCUGCCAGAAACGGCUGAGGCACCUGGAGCAUCAGCUGGAGGAGGAUCACGAGGACAAGCAGAAGCUCGUGAUGCAGAAGCGAGACCUGGAGAGCAAGCUGGCUCUGCUGGGGGAGCAGGUCGGGCAGAGGGACUUCGAGUUGGAGAAGCGGCUGAGGAGGGACCUGCGGCGCACCAAGGCACUGCUCGCCGACGCGCAGACCAUGCUGGAGCACCUGAAGGAGAGCGCUCCCAGCCGGCGGGAGAUCGCGCAGCUCAAGAACCAGCUGGAGGAGUCGGAGUUUGCGUGUGCGGCCGCCGUGAAGGCCCGCAAGGUCCUGGAGGCCGAGGUGGAGGACCUCCACCACCAGCUGGAGGAGAUGAUGCGGAGCAAAGUGGCGCUGGAGGAGCAGAUGGUGCGUCUGCAGAGAGAGAAGACGGACCUCCAGGGGAGGGUGGAUGAAGACCAGGAGGACCUGGACGAGUUGAUUAAGAAGCACAAGGCUCUCGUGGCCCAGUCGUCCACAGACCUGGCCCACAUCAACGAGCUGGAGGUCAACCUGGGCGACGCCGCGCGGGAGAAGGAGGAGAUGGAGGAGAAGGUGCAGGUGCUCCAAGCACGCGUUGCCUUCCUGGAGCAGUCCAUGGUGGAGCGCUGCAUCGUGAGCCGCCAGGAGGGAAGGAUCCGGGACCUCGAGUCCAAGCUCGAGUUCGAGAAGCUGCAGAUAAAGCGCUACGAGGCGCUCGCGCUGCGGCUCAAGGAGAACAUCGACCGCGUGAGCAGCGAGCGCGACGAGCGCGGCGCCAGCGAGGGGCGCGAGAGGGAGCAGAACAAGCGGCUCCAGAGGCAGAUCCGAGACGUCAAGGAGGAGGCGGCGGAGCUGGCCAAGCGCGAGGGCGAAUCCAACCGCAAGCGCCACGAGCUGGAGCUGGACAUGGCGAGCCUGGAAGCCGCGAACCAGAGCCUGCAGAGUGACCUCCACGCCUCCUUCCAGAGGAUCAGCGACCUCCAGGCGGCCAUGGAGGACGAGAUGGCGAGCGACGAGAAUGACGAGGCGGUGGACAGGGUGCAGGAGCUUGUCGCGAAGUACCAGCGGAAGAAGAACAAAACUGGGGGCGACGAGGACUCGGACUCGGAGGUGGAGGAUCGCGUUGACAGCGUCAAGUCGUGGCUCUCCAAGAACAAGGGCAGCCCGCCGGGCGACGUCCCGGGGGGCGGGGGCAAGACCCCCUCAGAUGAGGGCAGCCUCAAACCCUCCUCCAAGUUCAACCUGGACGGCAAGGACGCGGGCGACGUCCGUCCGGCGUCCGUCAUGAGCUCGCUGAGCUACCGCAAGCGCGCGGGCGGCCAGCACGACAACAAGGACGACGACGACUCCCAGUCGCUGCUGUCGGCGCUCAGCAGGGACUCGGCGGCCGAGCAGGCGUCCUCGCUGCGCAAGUCCAAGAAGGCCUCCAGCAUGGACGACCUCGACGACGUCAAGUCGUGGCGCAGGUCCUUGCCUUCCGCCACCGCCGACGACUUCGAUGACGACGCCGCGUCCAGCGUCUCGUCGCGGCCGUUCGCGCGUCGCCCCAGGAACGGCACGGCCGGCGACAAGCGGUGGUCGCUCGCCAGCCUCGAGAAGGACGACGACGCCAAGUCGGACUUCUCGUUCGUGCCGUCGCUGCGCCGCAUGGCCUACGACGAGGGCGACGACGCCAAGUCUGGCGCGGGCUUCGGCGGCCGGAGCUCCCUCUCGCUGCCGCGUCCCGCGUCCGCCGCCUCCUUCGGGGACGGCGGCGGCGUCGGCCUCGGUUACGGCCUGGGACGGCGCUCCGAUUUCGGCGGCGGCGCGAGCCCGAGCGUCGGUCGCGGCAGGCCGGACUCGGGCGCGCUGAGCCCCGCGCCGUCGUCGCUGCGCCGCUCCGAGCUGGGCGUCACGAGCGCCCUGCCAGGCUCGCGCCCCGAGUCGCGGUCGUCCGUCUCGUCCUGGUCCAAAGGCGGGGGCUACGGCGAGUCGGCGGGGCGCGGCGGCGGCGGCGGCGACGACGACGGCCGGACGUCGGCGCUGGCGCGCAGCCUCUCGGUUCCACCGCGGCCCCAGAGCGCCCUCGAUGGCGGCGGCAGCUACCGCGGCACCGACGCGACGGACGACGUGAAGCCGGUGACGCACCGCAGCUGGCUCGACCCCGAGCUGGAGGCGGCCAUCAACGAGGUGCUGAGUUACAAGCCCGUCAAGCCCAAGCGGCGCAACUACUCGGCCGUGUCGGACGACGACACCGCCGCCGCCGGCGACGCCGACGACGACAGGAUGAGCGCGAGGGGCGCCAAGAGCGUGCAGGCGAACGGUGGCGGGGAGACGCGCUCCUCGCAGAUCCGCAGGUCCUACUCCGCCAUGGACGUCAACGCGCCCUCGUCGUCGUCGUCGAUCGGGAAGAAAAAAUCAUCGCACGGCGGCAGGAGGAGCAAGAGCUCGCAGGAGUCGUCCUCGAGCGACGACUCGGACGAGAAGCCGGCGAAGAGCUCCAAGAAGUCCUCCUCCAAGAAGCCUAAGAAGGCGAAGAAGAGCAAGAAGUCGAGGAAGAAGGAUGCGAGCGACUCGUCGUCCGACUCCUCGUCCGACUCGACGAGCUCUACCGUGUCCUACAAAAGCGUGGACAGCGUGAAGAAGGGCCCCGCGGCCACGCGCCGGGGCUCCGCCGGCGACGAGGGGGACGGGGACGGGGGAGGGAAUGCGGAGGACAAGGGCCGGGCGGACAAGAGGAAAGUGAAAGAGGAGAAGAAGAGGAAGAAGGAGGUGGACAGCCUGAUGAUGAAGUACCUGUACCGGCCGGACAGCGACUAACGACGCUGCCCGACGGACAAACUUACCCCGGCAGACCGACGCAGAUGCCAGGCAAGUGAUGCGAGAUCGAGCGGCACUCAAGAGAGCGUAAAGAAGACGGAUGCAAUCGUUUUUUUCUGAAGAACCCGAACUGCUUUAGCCGAAUUCGCGUUACACCGGGGCACACCGGAACACACCGGAACACACCGGGGCACACCGGCGCACACCGGCGCACACCUUAUCCCCCAGUGACAGCGGAAAAAGCACCGUGGCCAAGGCAAUUUGGUGCGGGGUUGGCACGCGAGUGGCAUUUGCCGUCGAUGGCGAUGGCACGUUACCUUGAAGUGAUUUGCACCAAGUCUGCUGCGUCGUCCUGAAUGUGCAGUGUGCGUCAUUGCUGCUGCUGCAGUCAAAGGGAAAUUUGGGGCGGGGGGGUGGUUUUGUUCCACCUGAAUUGGGAAUAGAUAAUCUGGUGUUGAUCGUGAGAGGGAAUCAAACUCGGGUUCGCCGGUUGUUCAAAUCCAGUCGCUGUAUUUACGCUCGUUCCAGAUUUUCCACAUCCACCAAUCGUCAAAAGGGAAAUGCACGUAUGGCGUAGUGGUUCGCUAAACACGUGGGCUUAAUGGUAGAUUUGGUCGAACGUGAAAAAGCGGAGUCGCAACUCCGCGAACGGAGUUCGGGAACCGCAGCGCGGGAAUCUCCUUCGGGGCCCAUCCACAGCGUCACGAGCUGCCUUCUGCGCCGCGAGAAAAUUCCAAUGCGUCUCGCCGCCCCACAGUGCCCGAGGCACUGCGUUCCUGAAAGCCUUAAGAGAAUAAUGAGUUUUGUUCCAUCGUGAAAGAAAAAAACCAGAUGGUUGCAAGUGGAGGUGGAGCUGAGUGAAUUUUGGUGUUGGGGGGGGGGGUUACGUUUUUUUCUUGUCCUCCUGUAUCUGUGUUGCAGAAUUAACUUGGGCAAAAAUAAGUUUGAGCGACGUGUCAAUCAAAUCUUUAUUUUCCAUCGGACGAAAACCACUGGAGAUUUAAAAAAAAGAAUUUGUAUGCGAGGCAUGAAUAAGAUUGGCUUAGCCGGGAAGUGUCAAAGGUUUAACAGCGUUAAAGUCACACGCAUGGCCAGUUGUAGGCUUUGCUAGAUCCUUCUUCGGAUCGAGAUCAUACCAAGAUUCUCUCCAUACCCAGAUGGGGGUUGGUUCCUUUUACGUGGACACCUCCUGCCCAAUCCAACACAUGGUGGACUCCUCCGCACACUGCUGCCAGCUGUGGGUGGAGCAAUGUCAUGUGAGUCGCCAGGCUACUUUGAAUACAACUGCAGAGAGUUUUUAGGUGUUCGCAGGGGUGCAGUAUCGCACUGCGGUGGAACACCUGCCAGUGAUUUACAAUCGAGCGAGACAUUGAGGGGCUCAGUUGGGUUUCUGAAGAAGUUCCCGGCAUAUCAAGCGAAAUGUUGGACGUCGUGUCCAACGGCUCGUGGUACAGAGAGCUACGUGCUGGGCGUUGGGAUCUUUGAAGGCUGAACCUCAGCGUCCCCUGGUCCACGAUGUGUGGUGCGUGUAGCGUUGCCAUUCAUCUUGGUAAUCCCAAAGUUGUGCUCUUUUUGAAGUAACUCUGACCAGGACAGUCUAAUUUUCAAUAGUGGACCUGAGGGCAAUUAGUCUGCCAGGAGGGGGCAGCGGUUGCUACGUAUAAUCCCAAACGGGUAAUUUGCGGGUGAUUUUCAAAUUAUGUGGGAUCUCAGGGGAACUCGAGCAUACACUGUGAAAGCAGACGGCAUGUAGUAUUAUGAUUGUGGUUAUUACAUCGAUGUGCUAUUGUCCUAUUGGACCAUCGUGUAAAAGACCUUCGUAGCUCAUCGGAUUCCUCCAGGGUAAAAAAAGAUUGUGAUUCUGACACCCGCGCAGGAUUAAUCAGGGCAGCCGCUGGAAACCAAACCGUGAACCCUCUGCGACAAUCGGAUUAACGCGCCAGCGCUGGAGCCCCGUCACCGCCCAGCCUGAUGACACAUCCUGACAAAAUGUGUUCGUCCCAUGAUACGUCGCGGGGGGGGGGGGGGUGCGCGUGAGGAUCUGUCGCUGAGUUGAAAAGUCGAAGAAAGCUGAAGCAUGUCUGUGCGAAAGGGUUGAAAGUGUGCGAUGAGCAUUGCCGGAAAGUGACCUCGCAAGCAGAGUUAGAAGGUUAGGGGGUACGUCUGCCUUGCAGUCUAAAUGCUAAAUUUACCGAACUCGAGUGGAGGGGCCCUACUGCCGGGCAGGGGCAUGGGCACAUUUUUUUUGUUCCUAAUGAAGUUUAAAAAAAAAGCAGGGGACUUGUCCCGAAUGACACACAACAUUUUGCUAUCGUUGUGAGAAAUUAGGACGAGCCUCCCAUCGUGCGUCCCACCGCGCUAAGUUUGUUUUGUAAAUAUAUGUUUUUAAUGUGCUAAGUUAACAAGCAACGAACAAAACUCGGGUGUCGCAUGGGAGGUGAAAAUUCUGCGGGGGGGGGGGGCGCGCCCGGGGGUGAGCGGCGGGUGGGUUGGGGCGGCCUUCUAGGAACUAUGCCGUCGAUCUCGAUAUGUGCGUGCGUGCGUGUUUGUGCGUGCGUGUUUGUGCGUGCAUGUUUGUGCGUGCGUGUUUGUGCGUGCGUGUUUGUGCGUGCGUGACGGCCCCGUCCCAACGGGAGGAUGCACAGCGAGGGAGAGAGAGAGCACGGAACACACAAAAGUGCGGAAUCCGCGUUGGUCGUUGUGCAAAAACAACAGUUAAAAAAGAAAGUACUCCGCAUUCAUCGUUAACGCUGCCUUCAUCAUCGUCAGCAAGGAUCAAUCCACUGCUGGAUCACGGCCAACCCAAGCCGCCGCCUCCACCACCUCUCACGGCCACGCGGCGCAACAAUCCAUCGACCCUCCUGCAAACGAGCCGAUUCCAUCGCUCCAUCUACGCGGGCGGACGCCCUCUCGGGCGCGGUCCAUCCUCGCGGUAUUUAUUUUAUUUAUUUCCUUCCCCAACAUGCAGCAGCGUCAAUGACGAACGAUACGUGUUGCGAUUUGUUUUGCUUUUGCACCUGGUCCUUCACGGCCUUGCGAGCCUGGCGGGCCGUACCUCACCGAACUAAUGACCCUUUGACCCCGCGGCACUUCGCCGCCAUCGCCGCUCGUGUAACUCCCCGCCCCCGCCCCCACGGUCGGCUUUAGUGGUUCGACAA